UCUGCUUGUACAAAAAUUACAGAACUUGGUAAUAUUUUUUAAUCUGUGAUGGUAAUUAAAUUUAAUGACAAUAAUAGUUUAAAAAAAUAGACAAUUAAAUAAUCAUAAAUCAUCAUGAUAUUGGAAUUAACAAUUGGUAUUUUAAUGUUAUUAAUACUUGGCUAUUGGUGGUCAAUAAAAACAUUUGAAUUUUGGAGUAAACGUGGUGUUGUAGGACCUCAACCUGUGCCACUUGUUGGAAAUAUUAUUGAUACAAUAAUUGCAAAAAAAUCAAUUGGUCAAUUGAUGCAAGAAUUUUAUAAAAAUUAUGAUAAUGAAAAAGUUGUUGGUUUAUUUGUUUAUCGUGAGCCAGUAUUAAUGUUGAGAGAUUUGAAUUUAAUAAAAGAUGUAUUUAUAAGUGAUUUUUCAAAAUUUUCAAAUAGACCAAUUAAAAUAUUUGAAAAAGCUGAGCCAUUAUCUCAAUCAUUAUUACAUCUUGGCUAUAAUAAAUGGAAACCAUUGAGAAAUAAAUUAUCACCAGUAUUUACAUCUGGUAAAUUAAAAGACAUGUUUAAUCUUAUAUUAAAUUGUGGUGAUAAUUUACAAAGUGUUAUGGAUAAAAUUAUUGAUAAAAAUAAUAUUAUUGAGGUACGUGAAUUAACAGCAAGAUUUACAACUGAUGUUAUUGGUGUAUGUGCAUUUGGCCUAGAAAUUAAUGCAAUGAAUAAUGAUGAUAAUGAAUUUCGUAAAAUGGGUAAACGUGUUUUUGAUAUAAAUUUAAAAAAAAUAUUAAUGUUUCAAUUUAAAGAAUUGUUUCCUUCAUUUUAUGAAUAUUUGGGUUCAUUUGUUGAUGAUAGUAAACUGACUAAUUUUUUUAUCAAUACAAUGAGACAAACAAUGAACUAUCGAAGAUUAAAUAAUAUAACAAGAAAUGAUUUUCUUCAAUAUCUCAUGGAGAUUGAAGAUAAUCCAGAUAAAAUUUCUAAUGAUAAAUUAACUGAUAGUUUUUUGGCAUCACAAUUGUUUAUAUUUUUUUUGGCUGGUUUCGAAACUUCGUCUUCAACAAUAAGUCAUGCAUUGUAUGAACUUGCACAACAUCAGGAUUAUCAAGAUAAAUUGAGACAAGAAAUCAAAGAAACAAAAGAAGCUAAUGAUGGCAAAUGGACUUAUGAUUCAAUUCAAAAUAUGAGCUUUAUGGAAAAAAUUUUUAGAGAAACUUUACGUAAAUUUGCUCCAAUUCCAAGAUUGAUACGUGAAUCCAACACUGAGUAUACAUUUUCUGGAACAAAUAUAACAAUUCCAAAAAAAACAAUAAUUGCUUUUCCAGUUUAUGGAAUUCAUUAUGAUCCAAAAAUUUAUCCAAAUCCAGAUAUAUUUAAUCCAGAAAAUUUCAGUCAAGAGGCUAUUGCAUCAAGACAUCCAAUGAGUUUUUUAAGUUUUGGAGAAGGACCAAGAAAUUGUAUUGGCAUGAGAUUUGCUUAUCAACAAUCAAAAGUUGGACUGAUUAAAAUUUUGGAACGAUAUCGUGUUGAUGUUUGUGAUAAAACAGAUAUACCAUAUAAAAUUAAUCCAAAAGCUUUCACGAUUAAUCCACUCAAUGGAAUUUAUUUAAAAUUGACUAAACUUUAAUUUUUUAAUAAGCAUUUAAUUAAUUACAUAAAUUUAUAUAUUUAAUUAUUAGAAAAACUAUCUUGAUGAUUCACCUAACACAUUGAAAAUUGAAUG